AUGGAUCACCAUAGCAAACGUAAACGAGUUGAAUGGCCUCCCAGCAUCUUGCACGAAACUCCAAUGGGACAAUUGCGUGAUGCGAGUGCCAACUGGUACCCGCGAGAUAUUGGCAGAUCUUCUGUCCUGUCACACGGUGCAGUCAUCUACCAAUUUGGCGAUACCUUCUUCCAUGAUCUCGACGGAAAUUACACAGGUCUGGUGGAUAAUACCUACGCCAUCGGAAUCGACAAAUCAAAUCCAAGCCUCUCGUUUUCCUCCACGUCUCACAGACCCAAUGACCAAAGAAAGGAGGUCACGGAGCAUCCCUUCAUUCACAAGCUCAAGUCUGAAGAGAACCAAGACUUGAAGCUGUGGUCUUUCGGUGGAGUCGUCAAGAAAGACAUCAACCACGAGGUCAACUUAUUUCAAGGAUGGACAUACUUCGAAGUGACAAAGCCAAUGACCGACACGCUUGACUAUGACUACAAAUAUAUAUCAAUUGCAAAAGUUCACUACGACCCGAUAAAUAUGAGGGCCUGGACUGAGCGCCUCGAAGAUCAACAGCCUGCAUUGUUCAAGCAGGAUGAGAUAAGAUUUGGAGACUUUUGCACUGUCCGAGAUGAGGAUAUCGUCUAUGUAUAUGGCCACAAAGCUAACAACAAAGACAUUUGUAUUGCGAGUGUCCACAAGGACCAUGCCGCAGACAGGAACCGAUACAAAUUCUGGAACGGGCAGAGCUGGACAAGAAGCAUAUCCUCAUCUGACCCAAUUAUGAUAUCCAUGCAGCAUGGACAAAUCUUCCCAACAACGAUGUUUGGACCAGAUUCUCCGUACCGCUGGGCUUUCAUUGGAUGCAGUGCAUGGGGAGAUAGCAAGGUUCAGAUGGGCAGAGCGCCAGCUCCAGAAGGUCCCUGGGAUAUAAAAGAGACAACAGUCGCUCUUUACCGGCUUUCCCAGCCGAAUGAUGGAGGAUUUUUCUAUUGCAUGUACCCUCAUCCCUUUGCAGAUGAGACGGAGAAGACAGGGGACUUGACAUUUUCUUGGUCUGAGGGUGGAAUGAGUGGAGGAGUGCUAAUGUCCAAGAUCAGGUUGAAAAUGGAGGAAUACUAG